AUGCAUCACUAUAGUAAGACAGUCACAGACCAAACAAGCGAGAUCGACGCAAACGGAAAUCGGAAGAAAUUCGAUGAAUUUGACGGUUUAUAUGUAGAUGACAACGAAUCAACGCUGGAGUUCGCCAGGAAGAGGUUCAGGAAUGGUCAAUUUGUGAGACCCUUGCUACUAGGUUUAUUCGUACAAAGUUUCGUUCACCUUGAUGACUGGUUAUGGAUCUCAUACUCGACGCAUAUUUUUGGAAAAUUCGGGAUGACUAUGGGUACGGCGCAGAGAGCUUCAUUGUUUAUGUCGUUGCCACAAGCUUUCAUAAGGCUUGGCAAGUGGAAAGAAUUCUAUUGCAGAUGUUUUGAAAACUUUACCAGACGAUCUCUUCUUCUAUUACCAACCCUAUUUAGUGUAUUGAUAGGGAUUUUAGCCAUUUUUGCCGUUAAUUUUGGAAAAGUGCUGGCUGGGAUGCCAGUGGCACCUACGCUAGCUAUACUUGCUGCAAUGGAUCUCUCCGCUGCUGCAGUAAGCGGUGAAAGCGCUUACGCCAUUGUUCCGGAACUGUUCCUUCCAAAUGACAAAAUUCUUGGCACAGCAUUUGUCGGUAUAGCUCAG